AUGGAUGAAAAUGGAAAAGCUGAAGAAAUUAGAAUGAAAUAUUUGAAAGCAUUUAUCACAAAAUAUUCGAAAACAAUUGAAAUUGUUGAAAUUCAUGUGAGCGAUCUUUGAUUUUUCAACAAAAAAAAACACAAAUUAUUCAGGAUCAGGAAUUCCACAAUUCUAUUGAUUUACGGAAAUUGAAAAAUUUGAAUUAUUUCAAAAAUAGACACGAAGAUGUGCGAGAAAAAGGAUUUUUGGAUUUAUCACAAAUCAAUAACAUUGACAUGUGUGUUCUUUCAACCACAAAAUUCAAAUUCGAAGAGGUUUUGCAAUUCGAAGGAUCGUUUUAUCAAAUCAAAUCGGAUGAUUUUGAUAAAGAGAAUUUUGAGAGUUAUUUGAAGAUGUGGAAAAAUGGAGAAGUUAAUUGGAAUAUGCGAUAUAUUUGUGUUUCUUCCGAUAAAUUGAGAAAUGAUGUGGAUUGUAGGAAACUUGUCGAAAAUGUUGAUGGUUUUGAUUUUCAUGGGAAUAAUGAAGAGUGAGUUGCGAAAUUUUGAAUUUCACGAAAAAAUUAAUUUAAAAAUUUUCAGCUGCUGGUUCCGUUUUCUUCUAAAUUAUCAAAGAGAACACAAAUCUUAUUGUUUUGUUAGACAUUCUCGAUCCGCUUUUUAUUUUCAUAUCAAAUCAGAUGAUUAUGACGAAGUUAUCAAAAAUCGUCAGCCUUUGAUCUCUUGA